GGAGCAGCGCCUCCCGCCGCCGCCCCGCAGCAGCUCCCCGCGCCCGUUCGCCGCCCGGGCCCCCAGCGGCGGCGGGAGGGCGCGUCCACCCGGCCGGCCCAGCCUGCACCCGGCCCGCCCGGGCCGCCCCGGCCCCGCUCCGAGGAAAGACUGCAUAGAAAAUCUAAUGGAUGAAGAUGAGAAGGACAGAGCAAAGAGAGCUUCCCGAAACAAGUCUGAGAAGAAGCGUCGAGACCAGUUCAAUGUUCUUAUCAAAGAGCUCAGCUCCAUGCUCCCUGGCAACACGCGGAAAAUGGACAAAACAACUGUGCUGGAAAAAGUCAUCGGGUUUCUGCAGAAGCACAAUGAGGUCUCAGCACAAACGGAAAUCUGUGACAUUCAGCAAGACUGGAAGCCCUCGUUCCUCAGUAACGAAGAGUUCACCCAGCUGAUGUUGGAGGCGUUGGACGGCUUCAUUAUCGCGGUGACCACGGACGGCAGCAUCAUCUAUGUUUCGGACAGCAUCACUCCUCUCCUCGGCCAUUUACCGUCGGAUGUCAUGGAUCAGAAUUUAUUAAAUUUCCUUCCAGAACAAGAACAUUCUGAAGUUUAUAAAAUGCUUUCUUCCCCCCUGCUGAUCACAGAAUCUCCCUCCCCAGAACUCCUGAAAUCUGACAACGAUUUGGAGUUUUAUUGUCAUCUUCUCAGAGGCCGCUUGAACCCGAAGGAAUUUCCAACUUAUGAAUACAUAAAAAUUGUGGGAAAUUUUCGCUCUUACAACCAUGGGCCCAGCCCCUCGUGCAACGGCUUUGACGGCGCCCUGUCCAGGCCCUGCCGCCUGCCCCUCGGGAAGGAGGUCUGCUUCAUCGCCACCGUGCGCCUGGCCACCCCGCAGCUCCUCAAGGAAAUGUGUGUCGUCGAUGAGCCUUUAGAAGAAUUCACUUCGAGGCAUAGCUUGGAAUGGAAAUUUUUAUUUCUGGACCACAGAGCCCCUCCCAUCAUAGGAUACCUGCCCUUUGAAGUGCUGGGCACCUCCGGCUACGACUACUACCACAUCGAUGACCUGGAACUCCUGGCCAGGUGCCACCAGCACCUGAUGCAGUUCGGCAAGGGGAAGUCCUGCUGCUACCGCUUCCUCACCAAAGGGCAGCAGUGGAUCUGGCUGCAGACCCACUACUACAUCACCUACCACCAGUGGAACUCCAAGCCCGAGUUCAUCGUGUGCACGCACUCGGUGGUCAGUUACGCGGAUGUCCGGGUGGAAAGGAGGCAGGGGCUGGCUUUAGAAGACCCGCCGCCUGAGACCACGCGCCCCUCGGCACUCAAGGACAAGGGCUCCGGCCUGGACGCUCCCCCACACUUCGGUGCGCUGGACGUGGUCGCCCCGGGCCUCCACGCCAGCCCCUCGCCGCCCGCGUCCUCCAGGAGCUCCCCCAAGUCCUCGCACACGGCCAUCUCGGAGCCCGCCUCCGCGCCCAGCAAGCUGAUGGCGGAGGCCGGCGCGACGGCCUUGCCCGGACCCGGACCCGCCGCCCUGCCCCCGGAGGGGCCCCCCGUGGCGGGGCUCGGCCAGGGCGCCCCCGGGCCGCCCCCCCUGCCGUCCCCGUCCGCCUGCGACCUGGCGCCGCAGCUCCUGCCGCGGGGCGCGCUGCCCCCGACGCCGGCCCCCGGGGCGCAGUUCUCGGCGCAGUUGAGCAUGUUCCAGACCAUCAAAGACCAGCUGGAGCAGCGGACGCGGGUCCUGCAGGCCAACAUCCGCUGGCAGCAGGAAGAGCUCCACAAGAUCCAGGAGCAGCUCUGCCUGGUGCAGGAUUCCAACGUGCAGAUGCUUCUGCAGCAGCCGGCCGUGUCCCUGAGCUUCGGCAGCGCCCAGCGGCCCGACGCCCCGCAGCAGCUCCGGCAAAGGCCGGGCGCGGGGGCCCAGCUCGUGGCCAGCGCGCAGCUGGCGGGGCCCAUGGCCUCCGCCCAGGCCACCGGCCAGCACCUGCUCAGAGAGGCAGCUGUGCUCCCCGCCCAGGGUCCGAAGCCGAUCCGAAGCUCCCAGCUGCUCCCGGGAAGCCCGCAGUUCAGCAGCAGCAGCAGCAGCAGCGCCUCGACGGGGGCGCUGCCCCCCGGCCUGGGCCUCCCCACGCCCGCCCCCUCCUCCCAGGCCGCCGGCCAGUGCCAGCCCGGCCCCGACUUCAGCCACGACCGGCAGCUCAGGCUGCUGCUGAGCCAGCCCAUCCAGCCCAUGAUGCCCGCGUCCUGCGAGGCCAGGCCGCCGGCGGAGGUCAGCAGGGCCGGGCGCCAGGUCAAGUACUCCCAGAGCCAGGCUGUGUUUGCCAGUCCCGAUGCGCACCCCGCCAGCAACAGCGCCUCGACCCCCGUUCUGCUGAUGGGGCAAGCCGUGCUUCACCCCAGCUUCCCCGCCUCGCAGCCGUCGCCCCCGCAGCCCGCGCACGCCCAGCAGCAGCUGCCACACUACCUGCAGGCGUCCCCGUCUCUGCACAGUGAGCCCCCGGACGCGCUGCUCCUCUCCAGCUUCGCCCAGGGCUACGCCUCGCCCCCCGCGCAGCCCCCGCCGCCGCCGCCCCCGCGCGCGCCCCGCCGGGGCGGCCGCCUCCCCGAGGCCUCGGGCCUGCAGCCGCCACCCCGGUAG